UGCUCGGUCCAUGGUUUUAAAAAAUACUAACUGGAUAUGAUUGUGUUAGCAAUUCUCGUUAUCCCAGUUUGCGUAGCUUGGGAAAGAAAUGGCAAGUCAAAGGAAAGAGGUUUUGGCUCUGAAAAUGGGAUGACAUUGCUAAACCACGUGAUAACCUCACACCACGUAACGUCACCAAUUGACUGCAGCUUCUUCUGUGUAUCACAUGACAAGUGUAAAUCUUACAAUUACAAACCGAGAGGGGCUGGUGACAAUGACAUCUGUCAAUUGAAUAAUGGUACAAGACAAACCAACCCAUCGUCGUAUAAACCUGAUGCUGGCUUCGUUCAUUAUUUCGACCAAUCAGAGUCUUUUAAGUCUUGCCUCGACCACUUUCGUAACGGAGCCAAAGAGAAUGGUAUYUACACCAUCACAGACAYCAGYGGMGAUUCCUACCCAGUCUUCUGUGAUCUCACCUCAGAGCCUCGCUUUGCCUGGACCCUGAUCCUCUCAUUCGCUUUUAAGAACAGACAGAUGAUCGCGUUCUGCGGCAAGGGGUUGACGACAAGCUCGCCAAUAGAAGAGAAUAACCCCAACUGGGAGGCUUACAGACUGUCCCAUGGACGAAUGCAGCGACUAUCUCAAGCGUCAACUCACGUGAGAUUCACUACAGGCUUCGCUGACCACGGUGUGGAUUUUAGAGAUUAUUUGCACUCAAAGAUAUCAGCUUUAUUUGGAUGUUCUUACGGUGAAUACGACUUUCAAAGGGGAUUGCAGAGUAGUGGAAUAUGUUGCCAUCCGACAGCAUCACGCAAAAGAGGUCACUCUCAUCUUUUGGCAAUACACAAGUUUGUUUAUCCACACAGACACGUCCAAGAAGUUCUGCCAGUUCGACRRUAGUCAGGGAACACGCGGUAGUGAAAAUAAUUUUGGUGCGUAUUGUCAACCAGAUUCAGUCAACCCUGAUUUUCGUGGAUCUCAGAACGAUGACAGCACAACUAACUACUGGUUUGGUGGACAACUGUGAGCGAUACGCGCAUCACGUACAAGUAGACAAAAAUUAUUCAUGAUUCAAUUAGUAUGAAAAGUAAACGUCCAAGAAAUUUAUGCGAAUAAUACCGAGUAGGAUUACAAAUGAAUUAGAAUGAAUUGUAAUAACCGAAUAAACUAGAAUGUUCACUG